UGAUAGCCAGUGGACUAGAACGGGCGGGCUUUCAGUGAACUUCAGCUCGCUUUAUUGAAACAUUAACGGUCGCUUUUUAAAAACUUGACAGAGGAUCUCUUCUGCUGAAAGAAGCGAUGAACAGCUGCUCCAAAGUGUGUGACAACUUAACACGUAUAAAGCCUACAGAAGACUGGCUAUCGGAGAGCCGCCUUAAAAGAUGCCUUACAACCUUAGAUCUCACUUUUUUAGGUGUGGGCUGUGUGUUAGGUGCUGGCCUGUACGUGGUCACAGGGGAAUUAGCUCGUGACAUCGCUGGGCCUGCUGUUAUUAUUUCAUUUUUCAUCGCUGCUGUUGCUGCCGCUUUGUCUGGGAUUUGUUACGCGGAGUUUGGAUGCCGUAUUCCCAAGACCGGCUCCGCAUACAUGUACUCGUAUGUGACUGUUGGAGAGUUUUGGGCGUUCGUUGUCGGUUGGAACAUGAUUCUAGAAUAUGUCAUCGCUGCUGCAAGCCUGGCGCGCGCCUGCAGCGAGUAUAUCAACUCAUUUGCUCAGGGUUAUAUAUUCAAGUUCUUUAUGAACGAUAUAGCCACAUGGAACGUUUCUGGCCUCGGAAGCUUUCCUGACUUCUUGGCAUUCACACUGGUCUUUGCGGCUUCUUUUAUUGUCUCGCUGGGAGCACAAAAAUCAUCUCUUGUGAAUAAAAUCGUAACCUUCGUAAACUUAGCCGUCAUCUUGUUCAUUAUCGUUAUUGGAUUUUACUUCGCCGAUGGGGAGAACUGGAAACCAAAAUUUGCCCCCUACGGGUUUCGAGGUAUCUUAGCAGCUGGGGCAAGCUGCUUUUUCGCCUUCGUUGGAUUUGACGUCAUAGGAUCGGCGGGAGAUGAAGCUAUCAAUCCCAAGCAUUCGUUACCCUUCUCUACCAUUCUUACUCUUGCGAUAAGUUUCUUGGCGUAUUUUGGAGUCGCAACGGUGCUUACAUUAAUGAUACCUUAUCAUAAACUGAGCCACUUUGCUCCGCUGGCUGAGGUUUUUGUUCAACGUGGGUUGAGCAGCGCCAAAUACGUCGUGGCAAUAGGUGGGCUUUGUGCAACAAUGAGCACCCUGGUGGCCAACUCAUUCGCAGGCCCACGUAUUGCAUACUCCAUGGCGUCUGACGGAUUGUUAUUCAACUGGUUUGCACAUGUGCACGAGAAGACAAAGGUUCCAGUUCGUGCGGUUUUGGUUGAAGGAAGUUUAGCUGCAAUCCUUGCUUUGCUUCUUGACGUAAAGCAACUGGUGGAAUUGUUGUCUAUUGGUACCUUAAUUUCGUACACCAUAGUAGCUAUUGCUGUGUUGGUGACGCGUUACACUCCUGGAGUACAAACCGUCAAAUAUGACGACGACAGAACCAAAGAAAGCACCCGAAAAUGGCUUCAGUCGGUCUGCUGCCGUCCUGGCGAGACUGAGGACAAAGAUGGUGCUAGUCACGAGGUUACCUACCAACGAGUCGAAAGCAACGAUGAGGAGUCGUCAAAUGUAACAACAGAACCAGACAGUACGACAAGCUUCCAUGCACGUGUUGGUGCAUUCUUGUUGACUGUAUCCAUAAUGGCCCUAAAUAUCUGCCUUACUCAGACACAGUCAUAUCUGAGCUCGGGGGAGGUCUGGGCAAUCAUUCUUUCCUGUAUCUUCGGUUUAAUGAUCGUCUCAUCUUUGACGUUGAUCAUCAGGCAGCCCAGAAAUUCUGCCACAUUCCCGUUCAUGGUUCCAGGAGUCCCGUUCAUUCCUGCCCUUACGAUAUUUGUCAAUACUUUGCUUUUGGUGACGCUGAAUCAUUGGACGUAUAUCAGGUUUAGCAUUUGGAUGUCUCUAGGUUUAUUGGUGUACUUUUUCUACGGUUACAGUCACAGUUUGGAAGCCGGUAGACCGUCUGAGAAAACAGAGUCUCAGUUCAUUCUGACCCAGACUCCAGACUUUGGUCAAGAACUUGAAGAAUAUGUAUUACCACAUAAUCCCCAGGGAAUCCCGUAAAUAUUGCAAUUCUAAACUAAUUUUGUGGCCAGAAAGUUCUUAUAUGGAAGUGUUGAAUGAUUAGGAGGAUCAGUUCAUACAGGAAACAAUCCCUUUGAAAUCGGCACGGCCAUCGUAGAACUAGAAAUCUCGGCGUGUAUAUUUUCCCUGUAUUGAGAGGCGUUGUCAUAACGUGCUGAACUCCAGUGGAUCGAGAUCUGCUGGCCGGAUUUUUAAUCGCGUUCUUCUGCAAGACUGUACUGAAAUAUAUACUCUCUCUACCUAAGAUUAUAAAUUAGCACUGGUAAAUUUUCAGGGAGGCUUGACGAAAUCCCGACGAAGAGGGGAGGGGAUGGGGGUAACAAUUCAACAAAUAGAUUUACUAAAAACAAAAACAUGGCGCACGAGGCUCAGCCUCAGUAUGCCACUGAUGUUUCUUACCACAUUUUGAAGUCUGCUGUGAUCCAUUCCUGAACAGACCCACGCAGGCAACAUAUGGAAACUAUUUGUUUUAUAUAAGAAAAGGGCGAAAUUUGGUUAAUGGUGACGUUAUCUAUGCGUCUGUCCUUUAAUAGAUCAUAAAUAAGAACCAAUAAAAAUACUACUGAAAUUAGGAUCAGCUGCAACAGGAUGGACCAAAUGACUUGCGCACUGGGAAGAUGGCCUUGUAACACUUUUAUACGAACCAUAAGACUGGGCAGACUUAAAAAUUAUAAAUUGGCGUAAAAUUUAUUGUUCCACUAAAGACAAACGGUUGCGUAUGAACAAGCUCUAAAGAAAGCCGUA